UGGCGACCAGCCGCUGUUCGCUCGCAGCGAUGCUCCGGAACAAACUCCCCUCGUUCCUCUGCUGUUUGUUCGUUUUCGCGCAGUUCUCGUCGCCGCCGGUUCGGGCCGCAGCGGCCGGGCUGAGGGAGGUGACCGACGGCAGCUGGGAGGAGAUCCUGAGCGGGGAGUGGAUGAUUGAGUUCUACGCCCCGUGGUGCCCUGCCUGUCAGCAGCUGCAGCCGGUGUGGAUGGAAUUCGCAGCCUGGGGCGAGGACAUGGGUGUCAACAUCGCCAAGGUGGACGUGACAGAGCAACCUGGUCUGAGCGGGCGAUUCAUCAUCACCUCACUUCCUACUAUUUACCACUGUAAGGACGGCGUCUUCCGGAAGUACCAGGGCGCUCGCACUAAAGACGACUUCCUGAGCUUCGUGGAUGAACAGAAAUGGAAAGCAGUGGAGCCCAUUUCCUCUUGGUUUGGGCCGUCCUCACUGUUAAUGAAUUCAAUGUCUGCUUUGUUCAAGCUCUCCAUGUUUAUCCGGCGUUGUCAUAAUUACCUGACGGACCAGCUGGGGAUUCCUGUUUGGGGAUCGUAUGUGAUAUUUGGUUUGGCCACUCUGUUCUCUGGGCUCGCUCUCGGUCUGCUGCUGGUGUUCAUUGCAGAUUUUGCCUUCCCCUCUCGACGAUUCUCUUCUACUAAUUAUUACCAGAAGAAACAGUCGUUGGAGCAGGCGAGGUUACUCCACCAGCAGGAGGACGAGCACGAGGCCGAUGGUGAGGAAGACGACGACGAAGACGACGAGGAGGAGGAGGACGGAGACCAGGAUGAGGUCUGGAGGAGAAGAAGAGGGUCCCCCGAGGGCCGCCCGGAGCCCAAGGGACAGGGUUUGGCUGACGAAUCUCUGAGGAAGAGGGUGGUGUGCAGCCGUGAGGAAGAGGAUGAAGAGGACACUUAGAGCAGCAGUGUGGAGCUUCACAUUGACCCGUACUCGUUUUGAGAAGAGCGCCUCAGAGCUGGAGGAGCCUUGGUCCUGAGACACAGUGUUUACAGCAGGGAGCCCCAAACCUCCCCCUUAACCUUCCUCUUCUCGUCCUCUUCCUCUGAAACACCUCGCUUCUUUUCUCCUCCUCCCCUCGUCCCGAACGGGAGCGCUGCAGACUCCGCCCUCUCUGCCUGAUCAGCCGGCUCCGCCUGGAAGAAGCUGAAGAAACACUCCUGACACCUGAUUUCACUUCAGCGAACAAACGGCCUGGCUGAGGUUUGCAACGACGUGCAGUGGAGCUGGAAUUUGCAGGGUUGUUUAUGCUAUGCAUUGUUUUGUUUUUUAAGAUUUGUGUGUUAUUACAUGUUUUCCUCUGAAUUAUUAUUAUUAUUAUUAUACCAGGCUUGCAUUUCAGGAUUUUGUUGUUGAAUUGUUACGCUUCUGCUCAAGUGUACAUGUUGUCAUGUUAUGUAGGCUUAAUUUACAAACCAUGACAACUCAACCGGACGUCAGUGUUCACACAAAGUUUCACAUUCAGAAAUUGGAGAUAAACGGAAGCGCCGAGGUUUCAUGUGACCGCAAACGCACAUUGUUUUCGUCAAGUGGUGAUUUCACAAUAAAAGCCACCAUGUUGAAUGCUUUCAGUUCAGACCUGUAA